ACUAAUCACAUCUCUUCAUCCUACUAUGUCUGCUAUUUGUGCAUCUCCAAAUUGUGGUAAAGAAACUGAAUCCAGUUUAAAAUGUCCAGUAUGUCUUAAAGCCGGCGUCUCCUGUGUCUUUUGUAAUCAAAACUGUUUCCGUUCCAGUUGGACUACCCACAAGGCCAUCCAUUCCGCAGAAGAUGGAGCUGAAGAAUACAAUCCAUUUCCAAACUUCAACUUCACCGGUGAAUUAAGACCAACAUACCCAUUGUCCCCAAGAAGAGCCAUCCCUAAACACAUCAAACUCCCAGACUAUGCCCAGGCUGGUAAACCAAUUUCUGAAAUCCGUGAUGACAGAAUUGGAAGAAUCCCCGUGCUUACACCUAAGGAAAUCACCAAGAUUAGAAAAUGUGCCAAGGUGUCCAGAGAAAUCUUGGACAUAACCGCCAGUCAUAUCAAACCCGGUGUCACCACGGAUGAACUUGACGCCAUUUUACACCGUGAAUGUGUCAAGAGAAACGCAUACCCUUCUCCAUUAAACUACUACAACUUCCCAAAGUCAUGCUGUACUUCUGUCAAUGAAGUGAUUUGCCACGGUAUUCCAGACAAGACCAAAUUACAAGACGGAGACAUUGUCAACUUGGAUGUGACCAUCUACUACCUUGGCUUCCACUCUGAUCUUAACGAAACCUACUAUGUCGGAGAUAAGGCCAAGUGCAACCCCGACAUUGUCAGAUUAGUGGAAACCACCAGAGAAUCACUCGACCUCGCCAUCCAAGCCGUCAAGCCAGGCAUUGCAUUCAGGGACUUGGGUGCCAUCAUUGAAAAGCACGCCCACGAAAACAACUGUUCUGUCGUUCGUACCUACUGUGGUCACGGGUGUGGUGCUUUGUUCCAUUGCCAACCAAACGUGCCUCAUUACGCCAAGAACAAAGCCGUGGGUAUUGCCAAGCCAGGAAUGGUGUUCACCAUCGAACCCAUGCUCAAUCUCGGUACAUUCAAAGAUUUGCAAUGGCCAGACAACUGGACCGCCGUUACUCAAGAUGGGAAAUUCUCGGCCCAAUUCGAACACAUGUUAUUGGUUACUGAAGAUGGGGUUGAAGUUUUGACUGCCAGAACUGAAACUUCUCCGGGAGGACCAAUUCCAAGAAUAUAAGCAUGUUUAUAGAAGUGACUAGUAUGUUUAUAGUAAGUACUGUUGUUUAUAGAAAUGGCUAUAUGGUCUCUUUAUCACUAAUUAAAAUGUCCAAUAGCGUAGUUUCGAUUUUGCGGAUAGAGUUGUUAAACACUUCGAGUUUUUUCAUGAAGGAGUAGUUACCUUUCAGUCGCGAUUCGUUGUCAAAUACCCCUCGAUGGAUUGAGAUGCCGGGGUAUUUCUGGGUUAAUAUCGUAAAUUGUUGGUAUAAAUCUUGUAAAUAUCGGUAUUGCCUUUCCGUAGUUUCCAAUUGUAAUGUUCCAGUAAAUCCAGACAGAUGUUGGAUGCUAGAUCUCAUUAUUUCUCCGGUACAAUCGAAAAGUCCCAUCAAGUAAUCUCCAAUGUCAAUGAAAGUCACCUCUACUUCAGAUUCAUACUUGUUGGGAAUGUCGAUGUUAAAGAACAACGAUUCUAGAAUAGCUUGAUAUGGUUCCGGUUCUGUGGUUGCGUUGAGCAAUAUCUUGAUAUAAGUUAUAAACUGUUUGUAUUCCAACAACCGUCUAUUGGCCACAAAGUGUCCAAACGUGAAAAACUCGAUCAAUUCCUCAACCGGUCCUGCAACACUACCACGUAGUGCUAUAUUACAGUCAUAAAUUGUUUUCAACUGGGACAAUCUCGUUCCUAACAACUGCAAAUGCUUGACUAAUUCACUCAAAUCUUUCACUUUGUCGUUGUUCUCCAGAAACGUUCUGUGCAAGGAGAAGAUGGCCUUCUUGGAAUAGCUGGUGAUAUCUCGCCCUAUUCGAAUUAAUUCUUCUCUUUCAUCUUGUUUCUUGUGCAAAUACUCCUUUGAGGGGAUGAAUAUAUCUUGCAUAUACUGUUCGGACAUGUUUCACGCACCAAACACAGACAAGCAGUAGCAGCAGCAGC